CGACUCCCAGGCCCGGCUGAGGAGCCGGGAAGCCCGGGGUCGGAGAGGACCGGGGAGCAUCUCCGGAUCGGAGAGCCCGAUGAACGCCCGGACGCGGUCUCCGGCAGCUCCCGCCCGCUACCCGCGACCCCCGCCGCAUCCCGAGGACCGUCACGACGGCACCAGCAACGGGACGGCACGGUUGCCCCAGCUGGGCACUGUAGGUCAAUCUCCCUACACCAGCGCCCCGCCGCUGUCCCACACCCCUAAUGCCGACUUCCAGCCCCCCUACUUUCCCCCGCCCUACCAGCCUAUCUACCCCCAGUCGCAAGAUCCUUACUCCCACGUCAACGACCCCUACAGCCUGAACCCCCUGCACGCCCAGCCACAGCCGCAGCACCCGGGCUGGCCCGGCCAGAGGCAGAGCCAGGAGUCUGGGCUCCUGCACCCGCACCGGGGGCUGCCACAUCAGCUGUCGGGCCUGGAUCCUCGAAGGGACUACCGACGGCACGAGGACCUCCUGCACGGCCCCCACGGGCUCGGCUCGGGACUCGGAGACCUCCCUAUCCACGCAUUACCUCACGCCAUCGAGGACGUCCCGCAUGUAGAAGACCCGGGUAUUAACAUCCCAGAUCAAACUGUAAUUAAGAAAGGCCCCGUGUCCCUGUCCAAGUCCAACAGCAACGCCGUCUCCGCCAUCCCCAUUAACAAGGACAACCUCUUCGGCGGUGUGGUAAACCCCAACGAAGUCUUCUGUUCAGUUCCGGGUCGCCUCUCGCUCCUCAGCUCCACCUCGAAGUACAAGGUCACGGUGGCGGAAGUGCAACGGCGCCUCUCGCCGCCCGAGUGUCUCAACGCGUCGCUGCUGGGCGGAGUACUGCGGAGGGCGAAGUCCAAAAAUGGAGGAAGAUCUUUAAGAGAAAAACUGGACAAAAUAGGAUUAAAUCUGCCAGCAGGAAGACGUAAAGCUGCCAACGUUACCCUGCUCACUUCACUAGUGGAGGGAGAAGCCGUCCACCUAGCCAGAGAUUUUGGGUAUGUGUGCGAAACUGAAUUUCCUGCCAAAGCAGUAGCUGAAUUUCUCAACCGACAGCAUUCCGAUCCCAAUGAGCAAGUGACAAGAAAAAACAUGCUCCUGGCUACAAAACAGAUAUGCAAAGAGUUCACAGACCUGCUGGCUCAGGACCGAUCUCCCUUGGGGAACUCGCGGCCCAACCCCAUCCUGGAGCCUGGGAUCCAGAGCUGCUUGACUCAUUUCAACCUCAUCUCCCACGGCUUCGGCAGCCCGGCAGUGUGCGCAGCGGUCACGGCCCUGCAGAACUAUCUCACCGAGGCACUCAAGGCCAUGGACAAAAUGUACCUCAGCAACAACCCCAACAGCCACACGGACAACAGCGCCAAAAGCAGUGACAAAGAAGAGAAGCACAGAAAGUGAGGCUCUGCUCCCGCCCUGCCCCCCCUCCCGCCUCACCAGCCCUCUGGCGACCUCCCCUCCUCCCCCCCGCACCUGGCAGGUGACAGCCCCUGGAUCAGUCACCCCCAACUUCUGCUGCUACCGCUGCUGCGCUGCGCGCUGCUGCUGCUGCCGCCCUGCGAAACCCCGAACCCUCGGGACAGCUCUCUCCACUGCCAGUGGGGCAGCCGCUGCCCACGCAGCUCCCCCCCCCCCCUCGACUUCCCCUUCAGCACCAACACCCCCUUGCCCUCCUGUGGAGCCUAAGAGAACAGAACAGGCCGUGAAGCCAGCAAAGAAAAGUUCUGUCCAGUGUGUCAACCUUUUUUUCCCCCUCCCCUCCUUUUUUUGUUCUUUUUAAAGAAAACCCACCAGAUCAUCAACAACAGACGUUUAAAACUUUUUUUUUCUAAAAAAAAAAAAAGACAUAGUAACUUAAAAAAAAUUAUAUGAGCUUCAUGGGACUGAAUCACCCACUUCCCUUAUAUACUUCAGUUCAGAUUUGUAGCCAUACUUUAAAACACACACACACACACACACACACACACACACACACACACACUGCGAAGAGCAUAAUGACAUUUUUAUCAGUAUUGUGAAUAAACUUGAACACAAACACACCAAGUUCUAUGUCCUGUUUUCAGUUGUAGAAGUUUUCCCUCUGCAAGGUAAAGCGACCAACUUGAACUCUCUUUCUGGCAAUGCGAUUCACAGCUCUAGGGGAUCAGUGUUCACGUCUCUGUAUAUAUUUAUUUAUGUGUAAUUUAAUGGGAUUUGUAAAUAUGGUGAGUCUGUUUUAAGCCUUUUUUUAUUUAUCUGGUGAUCUUGUUUACCUCUUGUUUAGUGGGUUUUGAAUCUUAUUAGUUCUUCAUGUGGCUCAUGGUACUUAGAAAUCCAAGGUUGAGGGGGAUAUUUUCCUCCCUCUGGGAUUCAUUUAGCUUUCUUGUAGCAUGUUAAAGAGACAAUGAAACAACUGAACAGAUUUUAAAAAGGUAAAAUAAAAUUUUAUAUAUAAUUAGUAUUAUACAUUUAGCUUUCCAUUAAACUGAAAGACAAAAUGUGAUAUUGGAAUCUGGAAAGAUUUUUAAACUUAAGUGGUUUGCUAACCCUUCUAUGUAUUGUGGGGAGAAAAAAAAAGUUUAUUUUAUUCCACUAUGCUCCCUUAAAAGCAUCAUUUGAGCAAUAAAUGAAUAUUGUCUUUAAACCAAGGGUUAGGGAUUUUUUUCCCUCUCUCCCUCUCCCUCUCUUUCCUCUCUCUCUCUCUCUCUCUCUCUCUCUCUCUCUCUCUCUCACUCUUUUUGUUCCAAGAACUUCAAACAUUUGGGACCACCUGGUAUUCUGUAUUUUUCACUGGCCAUAUUGGAAGCAGUUCUAGUUGUAUUGUAUUGAGUUGUGCUGGCAGUAGUUUUCAUGCCUGUCAAUGUAUCAUAGUUCUUUGUUGCCCAGAUAAAUAAAUAUUUGAUACGCUUUA